AUGAACGCUCAUCUACAACCCCUUAUUUUGCACGCCCACUCCUCGGGUCCAAAUCCGGUUAAGAUCGCGAUCGCGUUGGAGUCGCUCCACAUCCCAUACGUCGUCAAAACGUGGGACUUCAGUGACGACCCCAACACUGGAGUGAAAGGCACCACAUUUUUGAAGAUCAACGAGAACGGCCGCGUACCUGCCCUUGAAGACCCAAACACAGGUGUCGUGUCAUGGGAAUCUGGCGCAUGCAUGAACUACGUCCGCCGAGUAUACGACAUCGGAAACGCGAUCGGGCCUCCCGGUGGUUCGGCGCAGGAAUUGGUUGAUUUCGAUAAGUGGGAAUAUUUCCUGCUCACGACCCUGGGUCCGAUGACUGGCCAGACGAACUGGUUCACACAUUAUCACCCGACCAAGAACGACGAUGCGUUGAAGAGAUACCAGGAGCAGACUGAUCGCUGCUACGAUGUCCUUGAGGGGCAGUUGCAGAAGUCGGGAGGCACAAGUAUCCUCCCAAGCCGGGUUACGGCGGUCGACUACCACUUUGAGCCUUGGGUGCGGCAACAUACAUUUGCCCGCCUUUCCUUGGACAACUAUCCAUUGAUCACCAAGUGGCUCGGUCUGAUGGACUCUCGUGAGGAGGUUCAAGAGGCCUACUGUAAAAUCCGCGGCAUUGGAAAGUAG